GAGGAUAAAGAGAGAGGAUAGGAAGGAAAGAUUAUUUUGCAGCGGGGGACUGCUGACGGACAGAUGUAACGUAAAGUGCAGAGGCCACACACCACUGCGAGACACAUUGCAUCGGGCGUUCUGAUCAUUUGCUUCGCGGAUUCGGUCGACCUACACUCGUGCAAAGCGUCUUUCAUUCGUGACUCCAACCGUAUAUAAUUCUAGCAAACAAUCGUUGCUUAGUCCACGCCAGUUCAGUUGUCCGAGUGUUUGGUCGGGUGCCAGAAAAGUUGUGAAAUGCAAUUGAAGUUUAGUGGUGAUCCUUAACCGAGAACACAUCGGAAAGGAGAUGAAAGACACCUUUUUCACAUAGUGAACAAAAGAGACGGAGAGAAUCUCGUAAGAGAAAACUGGAACACGAAGCAAUCUGAGCGGAAAUUAUUGAAAAAAAUAUCACGAAGAAUAGAAGUCUUUGUUUCGAAUAAGUACUCUGUGAGAACAGCUUGUGCAAGAAAUCGUAUAUGCAAUCCAAGUGUAGGAUAAAUAGAAGGCAAUCACACGAAGAGGAUAACAUAUAAUGUUAAUGGAACAAUUAUUACAUGCGAUUCGAAUGGUCACAAACUAAAACAGUUGACGUUUCUAAAAAAAACGUAAAAAUUCGAAGAUUACGUACAUUUAUUUUCACGUACGUACUAACAUACUCAUCGAGUAUUGAGGAUCGAAGAUAAAAUUGUCGAGAACAGGGUCUAAUCUAAUAUUAGCUGUAUCUAAUAAUUCUUCCAACAAGCAACUACAACAAUAAGUAACCGCUAAUGACUAAUCGCACAUGCAGUAGACACACAUAAUUCACCCGACCUACGCAACAGUCAGACAGCACUUUUUUUGUUCCCGAUAAGUCGAUAAACGUGAGUGAAGUGAUAGGAGGAAAGUGCGUGUGGCAGAUAAGCCAGUGUGAAAAAUAUUCUCAGUAGGUCAAUCAAAUCUGUAAGUCAUGUCGACGAGAAGGCGUGCAACAAAAGCGCUGCAAGUAUCGCGUACUCGAAUGGUCGAUAUUCAAUUCAAGGAUCUGUCGUAUGAGGUUCAAAUUGGAUAUCGCGGGAACACGAAGCAAAUUCUAAAGGGUAUCGAUGGAAUCUUCAAGGCUGCGGAACUGACGGCUAUUAUGGGACCGUCCGGUUCCGGGAAGUCCACGCUGCUGAACAUUUUAACUGGAUUUCAACAGGGAGAUUUGAAAGGCACGGUUGAGUAUAUUAGCAGCGAAGGUAGGCAGAAUUGCAACAUGUACAAAAAGCACUCGUGCUACAUUCAACAGAUGGACAAUUUGUACGGACUGUUCACCGUUCAGGAAAGCAUGAUGAUGGUGACCUAUUUGAAGCUCGGCCACCACGCGACAAAACAGUUCAGAGAGGCACUGAUCGACAACAUCUUGGAGACGCUGAAACUAUCGAUUGCAAAAGAAACAAAAGUCGAGCGGCUUAGUGGAGGACAGAAGAAAAGGCUGAGCAUUGCUUUAGAGAUGAUUGACAAUCCGCCAAUAAUGUUCCUGGACGAGCCAACCACUGGUCUGGACUCGUUGGCGUCCAUACAGUGCAUCACCACGUUGCAGACUCUGGCAAAGGGUGGCCGAACGGUGAUCUGCACCAUUCAUCAGCCCAGCGCCGCGCUCUAUCAACUGUUCAAUUAUAUUUACUUGCUAGUCGAUGGCCAAUGCUUAUACGCCGGCACGCCUGACAAUACAGUGAACUAUUUCGCCCAGCAAGGCCUUCAGUGUCCCCAGUAUCACAAUCCCGCGGAUUACAUGUUGGAGGUGGUCGGUCAGGAGUACGGAAAUUAUAAUGAUCAGUUGGCUGCGGCGACCAAGAAAUAUUGCCAGAGAAAGGAGACGUCUCUAAAGAUGCGUAUAUUUAGGGAAGCUUCGUUCUACGACGAAAAAAUAAAAAUAGCGAUGGCCCCACCCUCAGAAAUCGCGAAAUUUAAGGUACUCAUAUACCGUUACGCCCUUAUAACACAUCGAGAUUGGACGGUGAGCCAUCUUAAAAUGAGUUUUUCCUUGCUCGUCUCUAUCCUGUUGGGCUUGCUGUACCAGCAUGCCGGCAAUGAUGCUAGCAAAAGCAUCAAUAACGUAACUUUCAUUUUUGUAAUUGUGUUGUACUGCGUCUACACCAAUAUAAUUCCGGCCGUGUUGAAAUUCCCUUUGGAGAUAGACAUUUUGAAGAAAGAGCGCUUUAAUAACUGGUACCAAUUGAGGACUUACUAUAUAGCCACAAUGGUGAUUGGUAUACCGUUCACUAUAUGUACCGGCUUUUUUUUCGUACUUAUUUCUUACCUGCUAACCAACCAACCUCUAGAAUGGUCUCGGUUCUUGAGGGUUGUACUCAUUAUAAUCUUGACAAGUUUCACUUCGGAGAGCGUAGGCUUGGGUCUAGGAACAGUUUUCAAUCCCAUUAACGGCACCUUUUUUGGGUCUGUUGUCUCAUGCUUGAUGCUGCUACUAGGCGGCGUUCUGGCAUACUUUAAUCACAUGCCGCGGUUCGUUUACUACGUUACCUACAUAAAUUACUUCAGAUAUUCUGUAGACGGCAUAGUACAGGCGAUUUAUGGUUUUCAAAGAGAGACGAUACAGUGUCCGACUGACAUUGAUUAUUGUCAUUAUCGAGUACCGUCAAUGUUAUUAGAAGAGCUGCAUAUGGCCACUUUCUCAUUUUGGAUCGAUGUUGCCAUCUUGAUCUCCUGGUUCGUGGUCACUCGGAUCGUGACUUAUAUAUCAUUAAAAAGAAAGCUUUCGAAAGUAUGAAGAUCUCAUAUGCUGCUGAUAAAGACAUUACAAUUGUAUUUAAAGCAAAGCGUAAAGAUUCUUCCGGCUUUUGUAAGCAAACUCCUGCAUUACUUUCGUAGUGAAGAUUACCGAGGAAGCACGCUGUCGUAACAUUUUGUAAAAACGUGUUUGCAAAAUAUACUAGAAGAGAUUUGCGUAAUGUCAGUAUGGCUGUGACAACAUAGUAUGCCUACUGCUUCGUAGUAAGAUCUUACCGCCAAGACUUAAAAAUAGAAGGUAGUGAUAAUUUCUAUAUAUAUAGUGUAGCUUAUCUCUUCGCAGUAAGAUUUUUCCGCCAAGUCUUAAGGUAGAAGACAGUAAUAGGUUUCUAAGGAGCCGAGACGUUGGUUGCAACGAAAAAAUGCUUACAUAACUUAUGUGCAGCAGGAAGUAAAAGUAACGCUUAUAAUUGAGUCGCUUUUUUUUUAACUUGAUCUAAUGCAAACCAGCGGGAUAAGAUGCGGAGGAUGGAGUACGGUUGUAGAAAGUGAACUGUGACACUGUGUGAACGCCAAGUGUGCGACGAUACUUUCACACUCGUGCUCAAUGAGGCGCAUACUGGAACGAUGACGAACAUAUCAUCGUAAACAUUUCGCGUAAUUGUAAUUUAAGAUUAUCUAAAAAUUUGAUUGCGUUUCGAUGAUUUGUAAUAAUCUUCCUUAAGUUUUUAUAUGCUAAUAACCGUCACAUUUUUUAAAAAAUACGUUUAAAGCAGAUUAUUAAUAGUAUUAGAAUUGCUAUAUACGUAUAGCAGCUCAUGAAAAUAAGCUCUGUCGUGUAUAAACAUGCUACCUCUCCGAUAUUUUUGUACACAAUUGUUCAUCGUUAUGCGAAAGCGACAGUUUUUGCGAACUGCAUUCAUGAAUUCUACUUCAAUGAUAAUUUUAGUAAACAUACAUUUGUAUGCGUAACAUCCCAAGUCGUUACUAUAAAUUACUAUUUAAGAAUGUACAUGGUUAAAAAAAUUAAUUAUUUUUCGUCGUUAUAUUGUUAUGCUAAACAUUUCUAAUCUCGAAAUUUAUAUUAUAUCAUAACAUACGUUAUUUGAACAUGUGAUAUUUUUUCGUCGACGAUAAUUAGCUUUCUACCACGUGAUUAAUAAUUCAUUGAAUGAUACAGGUCUAAAAAAUUAUUUUAAAAUUAACACGGAAAGACUUGUAUCAUUCAAUGAAUUAUUAAUCACGUGGUAGAAAGCUAAUUAUCGUCGACGAAAAAAUAUCACAUGUUCAAGUAUAACGUAUAUUAUGAUAUAAUAUAAUUUCGAGAUUAGAAAUGUUUAGCAUAACAAUAUAACAUCAACGAAAAAUAAUUCACAAUUUAUUAUAAGAAUUUUAUAUUGAAAUUCUUUCAAAUAAAUUACUUGGUUUUACGCGAUAAAAAUGAUUUUUUCUAAAGUCAUUCUAAACAAUACUAUGGGCAAUACACACAUUUACAUUUUUCAUAUCUAUGUAAAAAGUAUAAAGUGAUAAAACUAAAAGCGAAAGAUAUUUCAUUCAGUUAGGUAAUGCAAAGACAUAGCAGGUCGUAGGUCAAAAUCCAUCGAGUGGAAUUUGCAGUAGGAUUUCUUAACCGAGGCUAACCACGUGUUUCACGUUAGACCGAGAGCUAUGAUGGACCGUUAAUAUUGCGGUCGUGCAAACAUAAUUUCGUAAUAAUAUUAUAUAAGAGUGCACAUGCAAUAGGAGUUGUGAAAUAGUCAAAUUAAUAGCCUUUCACCAUCAAAUGAAAUUACCUUCGCUAAUAUGAUCAGGAGAAAUAACAAUAUUGUUGUCAAAUUCGAUUUCGCAGAUUAAAUUAAUAAGUUUAUUUCCGCUGCAUUUUCUCUUCGGGAAGAGAUAUGAUCGGUGACUUAUCAAAAGUGUAACGCGAUGAUCUUGUCUCUUGUAUGUAACAUGAGGUACGAGAAAUAUAAACUUCAAAUAUGGACUAUAAAUGCUUGCGAUAGUUUGUAAAUUUUUGCGGCGUCUCAAUUAAAACUGAGCAAGUACAGUAUCGUGGCGUGCUGUACUUGUUAAUGUCUAAAAGUAUCUACAUACUGUGCAUACGUAUAGCUAAUCGUUAUUCAGCGUAUAAUGAAAUACAAUUGAAACUUAAAAUCGGUAUGCGUAUUAUAGGAGCAAAACGUAAAAUGUAAUGUAAAUAUUAUCUAAAAUACUGAGAGUAUAAUAUACAAAUAAAAUAACGAGUGAGAAAGAAAAAAAGCAAAUAAUGGCAAAUGUAGCGCGUAUAUUAAAAUUAUAUUAGAGAAAACAAAAAGAAACGUUUGACGGAUCGCUCGAGAUCCACGUCAGGCGACACUGUGUUUAUGGAAAAAAUGGCACAUUUAUUAUAUUAGUGUAGUAAUAUUACUAAUGAUAUAAUUACAUUUUUUUUCUUUCUCAAUCGAUACACUUGUUCACUCUCUCAUAUUCUUUUUCUCCCUCUCUUGCAUUGUUCCGUUUAUUCUUCUCUCUCUCUCUCUCUCUCUCUCUCACUCACUUUCUCUCUUUUUUUAUUCAGUUUAGAUAUUUAUAUUCAUCUCGUACUUUUUUUUUCAUUAAUAUUAAUAAUCGCAUUUUUCUUAAUCGCAUGUAAGGUCGAAGAGAUCGAUUUCAACAUCCUCUAGGCCCAUUCACACAAACUGCCUACAACCCACUUACGCAUUAAUUUUUUUUUUUUAUUACAUAUUAUACAAUAUUAUAUAUCUAAUAUAGUUACAUUCUUAUAUGAUAUGAUAAUUAUCGAUUCGCAGUUGUACCAAUAACUGAAUUCUUACACACAAUUAGACCGCAACAAAUAGACUUUCUUACGCUCUCAUCGAUAUUUGCUCUUAACAGUAAUCAUAAAUUGAAAUCAGGGUUUACAACCAACUCGUACCAAACGAAAGUGCGAUGCCCUGGUAUCAUCGAUAUGCACGUACUUAAAAACAAUGUUAUCAUCAAGAGCAUAAUUAUUUCGUUUCAUGUACAAGGUCUGUGUGAAGGGGCCACUACGCCAAUAAAUUUCGACUUCGACCCCCUGUGUAGACCUCUUCGCUCUUCAGCUUCAUUUUGACUAUCUACGACUAUCGACACGUGUCUAGCUUAGACUGGCUUACGAGCUAUUUAUUGUCGUUAUUAUUUUACAUGAUUACCUUCGCGAAUACAGAUGUGAUCGUGUAUUUUAUUAGUGUCUGUGAGCGGCUUUUUUUGCAAAUUUAUCGCAAUGUACAUUUAUCGUUACGUUCUCUCUUCCUAUUUUCGCUCUCUCCAUUUUUAUUUGUUAAAUAUAAUUUUAUAAAGCGUCGCCGAAGCAACGGAGCAUGAUUAAUAAUUAUUAAUUAAAUGUGGAGCGAGGUUGUGCGAGUUCUUGCCGAUCAGAUUGCCUAUAUAGUCUACAGAUCCUGAUCGAGAACAAAAGUGUUUUUAUGAUAGGUCUACGAUCUAGUGAAAAUAUGUAAGUUUACAGCUUAUAAAAAUCAGUGUUGGGGUAAUCUUUUCAAUUCUUCUUGUGUCCUGUAUUGUUUAUUGAUUUGGAAAAUAAAAUAUUUUAAAAUAUUUAUAAUGUCAA